AUGCCGAGUACUUUCUCCGCCAUUGAUACUCCCUCUACGCCGCUCAACUUCAUCGGGACGUGGUCCACAGGCUCAUUCAAUCCGGUGACAGUCACGUCAAUUGAAACGGAGACUAUUUAUCCUACAUGGAUCUACACGAUAUCUGGCUCCGGACCUGAUUCCAGUACCACAACCACUGUGCUUAACUUCUCAUCGUCAACGCUGAACCCGACCCAGGUGACCUUGACUCAGACGACUAAGCUGUCGACAACUGAGCAGGAAACCAUAAUAUCGACUUCCAGCUCUACACCAACAGUUAUCUCCGAGUCCCCAAUGUCGCCUGUGAUCCCAACAACUUCAGUUCUAUCAAGCCAAAUGGGGGACUUACCUAUUUCGGCAACUGCGAAAUCGUCUGAUCGCUCCUGGUAUUCUAAUGCUCCUAGUAGCAUAUGGACUCUACCAAUUCCAUUAAUUCCAUUAACUAGCGCGAGUAUACCUCUUUCAUCAUCACUGCCUGUCUUGCCGGAGACAGCCACUAGCUCUGUGAGCCCCAUGAGUUCCAUCAGUACCCCAGCCAGCUCGAGCAUCGCAGCAACAGGAACACCUACAAUCUCACCAUCCAUCGGAACCAUCACAAGCGAAAGCUCUUCGGAACCAUCCCAAGCCGACAAUUCAAGCCCCACAUCCUCCAAGAUCGGAACGAUAGUUGGAAGCAUAAUCGGAGGAUCAGCAAUCACGAUCUUCGCCCUGCUAGCCUGCGCACUGUAUAUGCGACGUCGACGACGAAAAAUAGCAGCGGAGCGUCAAGGUAUCAGACAGAAACUAAUACGAGGCGAUUCAACGAGCUCAUCAAUCAGCCACCACCGCCACCACUCCUACCCUUCGAUCCCAGGCAACAUCAGCCUUCGAUCCCCCAUCCUCCCAUUCAUCCCACUGCAACAGCAGCCUUCAAACCCAGACCUAUCUCUGGACAGCAUGUAUCUGUGCGGCGACACAAGAGCGCAAGACCCCUUCGCGGACCCGCCGUCUGCAGUCAUCGACAUCCCAGCCCCAUCUCGCUCGGCCUCGCUCUACUCCACUUCUUCCCUGGGCGCUGGGAUGGGUGCACAGGGGUACUGGGACUGCGAGCGCGAAGGCGCGAAUGCCCUCGCUGUACCAAAUGGGUACUCGGAUACGCCUGUGAUGCGUGAUAGCAUGCGCAGUGACCCCUUCGAUCUUGAUCUUGAACCUCCGCCGAGUGCUCACCACCGGUCUUCUGUUCCUUCGAUCUCGUCUACGUGGGGUGUCAAGUUUUAG